GUAAGCAUACCUACUGAAUCUCAAAUUUCUGAUUCUUCUAGUUCUGGAUCAAUCCAAGAAAAUGAUCAAGAUGAGUCAACGGCUCAAAAUUCUGCUUCCUUGAAAUUACCAGAAGUUGAAGUAAGUAUACCUACAUCUAAUCACCUUGUGACUGUCUCUGACAAUAAAUCUCAACCUCCAAUUUUGAUCUUACCUGAAGACUCGAAAGAGAAACAAAAUCAU